AUGUCAGACCUACUACCUAUCGUGGGCGAAUUUUCACAUGGCUUUGAUACCGAAGAUGAACGGAUGCGUAUACACGUCGCCCUUGCACAAGUGCAGCCGAACGAGGCGGCACAUGGGAACGUCUACGACGUUCUUCCACGCAUGAAGCAACUGUUGUGUAGCGCGAGUGAACUCGGCGCAGAUGUAGUAGUGUUUCCUGAGUAUUUUUUGACUGGCUCUUCACAUGAAGCUUGGCGCCAGUCUCACACGCAUGAUCCGUUAGACUCCUUCAGUGAUGUGCCUGUGUGGCUAGAGGAUAUCCGGUGCAUGGCACGCGAAUUUGGCACGGCCAUAGUGACAGGUUCGGCAGUUCUACGACAUGCGAAUAAGCGGGCCAGUCCGCUCUACAAUACUACAUACUUUCUCGAUGCAAGGGGCGACAUCAAGGGUGCAUAUACGAAGCGGAACUUAUGGCAUGCUGAGAGGGCCGUGUUAACGCCAGCAACGGAUGUGUCGCAUCCGAAAGACGAGUAUCCUCCUGUGUUCAUGUUUGAGACGCGGCGUGGUCUUCGAGUGCGUGCGUCUAUGCUCAUGUGUUGGGACCUCAUGUUUCCUGAGUCGUUUCGCCGGCUCUUCGUGCCCCCCGGCUGCGACCAACAGCUGUCGGAAUUGGAUAAGCCGAACGAAUGGACUGGACCUGAUAUCGUGUUUGCGCCCACUUGCUGGUACGCCGACGACUCAGGCACUGAGGCACAGGUAUGGAACAAAGAUUGUGAGGCAGCAUGUCUCGAUGCAAUUUGCGUUGCGCGCGCAAUGGAGAACGAGUGCUUUGAUCAUCGAAUACCUCGCCCCGUGGAUUGGGUAGGACAAGUGUGA